CGUGUAAUAUCCACGGAUCUCCCGCAGCUCUGAUUCAGUGGGCUCUCCGCUGCAAUGGUCGCUCCAUCGGCGCAGAGGACGGACUGAUCCUGGCGGCUCUCUCGCUCUCAUCCCCGCCAGCUGGAGCCACAAACACCGUCUCAGAGGGGAGAUAUCUCCCCCCUCUCUGCUGAAUAUGAGCGCCGACGGAGAAUAAAAGGAUUUUAUUUUUAUUUUAUUCUAUAUUUUUGUUGUUGUUGUCGGAACGCACGCUUGGUUUUCUGCAGACUGAUGAAUAAUACAGAUCGGGAAGAGGAACCCGUGGAUGCGAGGACGCUGUGGCUGCAGGUGUAAACGAAGCGACCGGGGAAUAAGAAGUUCUGCAGAACAUCGAGCCCAGACCCGGAGGACAUGGUGCCCGGGGCCCCCAGCACCACGACCGCCGCCGCCACCACCAUGCUCCCCGCUUCGGAGGCUGCCAAAAUCUACCAGACCAACUACGUGCGCAACUCGCGCGCCAUCGGCGUCCUGUGGGCCAUCUUCACCAUCCUCUUCGCCAUCGUCAACGUGGUGUGCUUCAUCCAGCCCUACUGGAUCGGGGACGGCGCGGACACCCCGCAGGUGGGCUACUUCGGUCUGUUCCACUACUGCAUCGGGAACGGGCUGUCCCGGGACCUGCUGUGUCAGGGCAGCUUCGCGGAGUUCAACAGCAUCCCGUCGGGCGCCUUCAAGGCUGCGUCCGUCUUCAUCGGCAUGUCCAUGGUGCUGGUGCUCACCUGCAUCGGCUGCUUCGCGCUGUUCUUCUUCUGCAGCACCGGCACCGUGUACAAGAUCUGCGGCUGGAUGCAGCUGGCUGCAGGUACCAGCCUGAUUCUGGGCUGCAUGAUCUACCCCGACGGCUGGGACAGCGACGAGGUGAAGCGGAUGUGCGGCGAGCAGACAGACAAGUACACGCUGGGCGCCUGCUCGGUCCGCUGGGCCUACAUCCUGGCCAUCAUGGGCAUCAUGGAUGCGCUGAUCCUCUCCUUCCUGGCUUUCGUCCUGGGUAACCGACAGGAUAAUCUGAUGUCUGAGGAGCUGCUGGGAGAAAAGACCGGAAACAACGUGAUAUAACUUCUAGAAAUGAAGGAUUCUUACACACAUGGGUCUUACAGUCGGGAUGAGGUAUUACUGCAGGGUCCAGCUUCGAUCUCCUGGUCCUGCCAGUGGCUGAGAAGCAGAGCUGAGGAGUUGGGAAUCAUCAGACUAAGGAAGCAGCAGCAGCAGAAGAAGAAGAAGAAGAAGUGGCCAGAAAACGGGCAGAAAACCAUCUACUGGGAACGACAACACCUCUUGUCUUGUUUGAGAGAUCCCUCUGUAAAAUAGUUUUUACACACCUGAAACCGACAGUUUUUCCCGGCCGUGUUGUGGACUUACCUGAGCUGUUUUUUCCCCAGAAAUGUGACCGCUUUCAUAUAGGUUGAUCUAAAAAAAAAAAAAAGAAAAAG